AUGGAUGUUUUCGAGAUGGCUGUGUUGUCCAGCUGGUCCCUGGAGAAUGGACCUCCAAGCCCACGCUCUGCUGAUGAGGUCUGUGUCGCCCCCGAGACUAACAGCUCCUCAUACUACGGGGCCAGCUGUCAAGCUGCGUCCCCCCGGUCUGCCGCCAUUAGGAUUCCGGUGAUUCCCUCUGGCUACCAGCAGAUCCCAGGGUAUGAAGCCCACCGUCAGCGACUGGAGGCUCGCGCACUCAUGGGCUCGAUUGCGGAGCGUCGAGGGUCCCUGGGUGCCGCUUGCGUUGGUGCCUUUGUCAGAGCCGGAGCUCAGCAGCUGGUCAAUGAGUGA